AUGCUAGCAGAGCUAAGGGAGUGGGCGGGCUGGCUUUGUGUGUGUGUGUGUGUGUGUGUGUGUGUGUGUGCCCGUGGGCAGGCCCGUGGGCAGGGCAGCGGGCAGCGGCAGGGCGGUGGGCCAGCAAGGCGGCGGCCAGGAACAGUCAAGCCGCAGACGGAAUUUUUCUCAGCUAACUUUGCAAACGACACGGCUAUGGCACAAGAUGCCUUGACCUUGACUCCGUGCCUCCUUGUCGGUCGGGCCCAAGUCCGCGUCAAGACAUGGCCCCACCGAGCAACGGCGUCGACAAUGACGCAGCCCAAGCUUGUCCCAUCCACCAUCCGCCAUCCGCCAUCUGCAUCCAUUGCACCGCCAGCUGCACCGCCAGCUGCACCGCUGCCAAUCACGCCCGCCUGCCGGCCGCUCACUCGAGCCAUUCGUGGCGAGCCUGAGCAUAACCACUGUAGCGCUGCCGUUACAUCCGGCCAAAGAGGGGGAUCCCAUGCUAGAAACCGAGGCAACCAGAGUAGAGGGCAGCAUGGGCAAGGCUGGCGUUGUGCGUGCGUGCGUGCUUGCUUGCAUCGUCAUCAUCAUCAUCAUCACCACCACCACCAACAUCAUCAUCAUAUCGGGUCUGUAUGCAGCAGCAGCAGCAUACGUCGGUGUAGGGCAGCAGCAGCAGCAUCAACGGCCCCACACAAGGACGAUGCCACAAACUGCGUGGGUCAUUCGUGUCUUGACACACCGGUCAGCGGACUGACUGCCUCUGCUGUGCUACGAGUGCCAUGGGAACAGCUUGUUGGCCAGGCUGGGGCGCCCCAUGCUCACACGUGGCGUGCGGGCAGGGUGAAGCCAAGUGCGAAGCCGGCACAACGGUUCGAUCACCAACGACGGCGCAACCAGAGGCCAGGGAUCCGCCGUCGUCAUGGCCAAAGUUUGCCUCGAGCCACCAAUUUCCUGCCCGCCCGGCUGCUUCACGCCACCGCAGGGCUUGCAUCUGCAUCUGCCUCUGCCUCUGCUGCUUGUGCUUGUGCUUGUGCUGUUACUUUCUGCUAG